CUUCUCUUCCUUUUACUAGUUUCAACAUCAUUCUCUCUCUCUCUUAUUGUAUACUUUCAAUUAUUAUUCAUUAACACUAAAAGCUUAAGGUGGCUUCUGACACUUUCACUGCAUGCCACAAAAAUCCAUAAGCUUUGCACAUUUAGAUAAAUUAAUCUUCCAACAAAUAAUUAAUAUUCUAUGAUUCCACUCUCAUACACAGCCUGUCUCUGACUACCACUUAAAUUAUUCAAUUUCUGCACAUACUUUAAUCCAUGCACUACUCAGCAUAAUCUUCAACCAUGAUCUUUUUCAUUCAGAAUAAUAUUAUAUGAUAUCUUGAGUCAAAAUAAUUUUAUUUCAUAUAUUACAUUUAAUUUAAUGAACAAACAGUAAGUGAAUCAGAAUUACCCUUUAACUAAGAGAUUGUAAUGUAUGUUACAUUUAAUUUUGUUAAGGAAUUUAAAUGAGGGUGGCCUCAGAUAUUUUACUCACGACAGAACCAUGAUGAGGACAGCAAGUUCACUGUAGCAUUGCUGAAGUGUGUGUGUACUUGAUAAAAAUAACAACAAAGGUUGAACCGGAGAAGUAGCACCACUAGUGUUUGCCUUGGUUCUCCUUGUUUUUCUUUCUGUCCAUAUUUUCUUUCUUUUUUCCACAGCACACAGUUAUUUUCUUGCUCUUUCUGAGGGCAGUUGAAGCUGUAAAUGCGGUUGAGAUUUACAUGGGGAAGAAGGGAAGUGGUAGUUCAUGGUUAACCGCUGUCAAAAGGGCAUUCAGAUCUCCCACCAAAGACAGUGACAAAAGGAGUGGCAGAAGAAGAGAAGAGUGUGAUCAAGAAGAGGACGAAGAGAAGAAGAGAGAAAAAAGAAGAUGGAUUUUUAGGAAACCUGUGAGUCAUGAAGCAGUGAACACGCAGCAGAAGUUGAAGCAUGAUGUGGCUGCAAGUGGGGCUUCAAGGAAUGACCAAGAUCAAAAGCAUGCACUUGCAGUGGCUGUGGCCACUGCAGAAGCUGCCAUGGCCACUGCUCAGGCUGCGGUUGAGGUGGCAAGGUUGACCAAACCUGCUAACCAUGCCAGGCAGCAUUAUGCCGCGAUUGUGAUUCAAACCGCUUUUAGAGGGUAUCUGGCAAGAAGAGCACUUCGUGCACUAAAGGGGUUAGUGAAGUUGCAAGCUUUGGUGAGGGGUCACAAUGUUAGGAAGCAAGCAAAGAUGACGCUUAGGUGCAUGCAAGCUUUGGUUAGAGUUCAAGCAAGGGUGGUUGAUCAGCGCAUAAGGUCUUCACUUGAAGGCAGUAGAAAAUCAACUUUCAGUGACACCACUAGUGUUUGGGACUCCCGGUAUCUUCAGGACAUUUCAGAUAGGAAAUCAAUGUCAAGAGAGGGAAGCAGCAUUGCAGAUGAUUGGGAUGAACGGCCUCACACGGUUGAAGAAGUCAAGGCCAUGUUGCAGCAAAGGAAGGAAGCAGCUAUGAAGAGGGACAAGACCUUGUCCCAAGCCUUUUCACAACAGAUUUGGAGGAAUGGUAGGACAUCAUCAAUUGGUAAUGAAGAUGAGCUUGAAGACAGACCGAAAUGGCUGGACCGGUGGAUGGCGACGAAGCCGUGGGAGAGCAGGGGAAGGGCUUCAACUGAUCAAAGAGACCCCAUUAAGACUGUGGAAAUUGACACCUCUCAGCCUUAUUCAUAUCUUGGAACCAAUUACAGAAGAUCACAUCCAAAUUAUCAGUAUAACCCACCCCACCAACCUCAAAGGCAUUCCAUUGCUUCACCACUCCAUAGAACCCACCAAAAUGGAUCCAUUCACCAAUCCCCUGCAACCCCUUCUCCAGCCAAAUCAAGACCCAUCCAAGUCCGGUCCGCAAGCCCAAGAUGUGUCAGAGAAGAUAGAAGCUACCACACCUCUCAAACACCAAGCCUAAGGUCUAAUUAUCAUUACACAGGAAACUUGUACCAAAAUGGAAGGGCUGGAACAAGUAGUGGUGGUGGUGGUGCAUUGCCUAAUUACAUGGCAGCAACUGAGUCUGCCAAGGCUCGAAUUCGAUCCCAGAGUGCGCCAAGGCAGAGGCCAUCCACGCCAGAGAGGGACAGAGCUGGAUCAGCAAAGAAAAGGCUUUCUUUUCCUGCUCCUGAUCCUUAUAGUGUAGGGGUGAGUUAUGGAAAUUAUGGGCACAGUCUAAGGAGUCCAAGCUUCAAGAGUGUGAGUGGAUCACAUUUUGGGUUGGAGCACCAUUCCAAUUACUCAUCUUGCUGCACUGAGAGCCUUGGUGGUGAGGUUUCUCCUUCUUCAACUGGUGACCUUAGAAGGUGGUUGAGAUGAUUUGUUGCAUACUUUAAUAUGACUGGACCCAUUAGUAUAUCACUUAUCACCAUUCACUUCUUGUAUUAUUUUAUUUAGGGCUUUUGUGAUGUUAGAGUCAUUUUAGUUAACCCCUUUCUCACCCCAUAAGAAAAAAGUUACCCAGGGGGUGACCUGAAUCUGAUGUUAGGAGCAGAGAAGCAAGUACUCUCUUGCUAGGAAGCUGAGAACAAUUUAAUGUGUUCGUUUUUCAUACUUUUGUUAAGAUGCCAAGAUAAAAGGGAGCCGUAUGUGGUGGCCUACCUCCCUUGGGAUGUUGUGUUGAUGUUGAAAGAAUUGCUUAGACCCCUUCAAUGCCCCUUUAAUGGACUGUCCUGUCACAAUAACAUGUAGUAUUUUGUAUUUUAGCGAUUGCCUUUAUUAGUUAACAAAAUGUUACACCACCCCUUCAAUUUUUCCUUUUCAUUAAAUGGAUAAACUACACAU